AUGUCAACUCUUCGCGAAGCAGGUUUUUUGGAGCAGUACUACAACGUACGCUCUCGCACCGAACUGAACUCCUAUGUCUUCUCCGUUGUACGAUAUGAACACCCUUCGGGAUCACCCUUGACGAAGGACGUCCUCUACCAUGCUCUCUCUACUGUCAUCCUUUCCAUCCCGGAGCUCUCCGCUCAGCUCCCCGCACCGCCAGCACCACCGAUGUGGACGCGAAUGUCGAGCAUCGACUUGGACGCCGUCGUCACCUUCAUCCCAGACGCAGCCACAGACGCCACCCUACAGCACGAGCUCGAAGCCCGCAUCUCGAUGCCCAUCCUCAUUCGUGACGACGUCCCUCGCUGGCGCCUCUUCGUCUACGCAGACGGCACCAUCGCAUUCGCCUACGACCAUGUCAUUGCCGACGGCCAGUCCGGACCCGCGUUCCACCGCGCACUCCUCUCUGCACUUUCCUCGACCCCGACACCCGCCACACCAGCGAACAUCGUCAAAAUCCCCGACGCGGCCAUGCCCGCGCUCACGCCCGCACUCGAGGUUGCCAUGGACGCGUCCGUCCCGCUCCUCACCCUCCUCCACACCAUCUUCUUCAUCAUCUUCCCCUUCCUCGACUUCAAGAAGCGCUCCGCGUGGACGGGCAACCCUAUCCCUCCCGCGCGCGAGCUCGCGUGCCGCGUGCGCAUCCUGCGCGUCUCCCCCGCGGACGUCGCCGCGCUCCUCGCCCUCGCACGCGCGCACGGCACGACCCUCACCGGCGCGCUCCACGCGCUCGCCAUCCUCGUCCUCUCGCGCCUCGUGCACGCCUCCGGCGCCGGCGCGCGCGCCACGUCGCUCCCGACGUGCGUCGCCGUCUCCCUCCGCGCGCACACGCGCGCGCCGAGCGCCGCGCUCUGCAACCACAUCUCCCCGCACCUCGAGCGCACCCCGCUCGCGCCCGCCGCGCUCGCCGCCGCGCCGGUCUCCGCGCGCACGUUCCCGUGGGCCGAGGCCGCGCGGCUCACGCGGGGCCUGCGCGGCGGCGGCGCCGGCGUCGUCGCGGGCGUCGGGCUGCUCAAGUACGUGCACCCGAAGUACGAGGGGCUGCUCACCGGGAGCCUCGGCAAGCCGCGCGGGGAGGCGCUCGAGCUCUCGAACCUCGGCGCGUUCCCGAAGGGCUCCACUGGCACCGAGGACGGCGGGUGGCGGAUCCGCGACCUGCUGUUCGUGCAGGCGAACGCGACGCUGGGCGCGGCGGUCAAGGUGAACGUCGCGAGCUCGCCCGACGGCGCGAUGGGCGUCACGGUGACCUGGGGCAAGGGCGCGAUUGAAGACGAGUUUGGGGAGGAGUUCGCUAGUGGGUUCUCUGCCGGGCUCGAGGCGUUGCUAGGAGCUGAAAAGUAG